CUCUCUCUCUCUCUCUCUCUCUCUCUUUUCAGCGUCCUUCUUCUUCUCCUUCUCCCUCACCGUCGCUCCUCCUCGCGUUGGCCGGCAACCGGAGCACCGAUUCACCUCCUUGUUGGUCACCGUCACCUGAGAUCCUCUCUCUCCCUCUUGGCUCUGUUUUUCUGUCUCACAAAAACCCAUACAGCUUCACAUACACGCACACACAUGGGUUCUUCAAAUAGUCAGAAGGACCACUUUGAAGUUGUAAAACAGUUUUUGAUUCGGCAAGCUCAAAACCCACAAAUUUCACUCCAUUCCUGUCGUCUUCGCUGCACAGUCCAAUUUCUUGAAAGGCGUUUAGAAGCAAUGAAAAACAAACACAAAAAGGCGAAGACAGAAGAGAAUGAGGACUUUCCUGGAUGUGAAAAGAUCAAAUUUGGAGACAUUCAAGCUCCGCCAAAAUUGGUUGCAAUUCCUAAGGCAUUGAAGAGUUCCCAAGAUCCUUCACAAGAAAGGCUUCGCUUGAAGGCUGUUGAGGUCUAUAGGAAUAGAAAAGGGUGGGCAUCAAGGCCAGGGAUUGACCUUCCUCCGCCCAUUUUGACGCCGCCAUCAGAUGGUUUUGGACAUACAAAUGUGGAUAUGAUUUUUGUUGACAGGUACGGAAGGGCAUUGUUGGUACUCUAACUGGGGCAGAGGCAUCAAUAGGUUUAGUACCGCUGUUGCAUUUGAGGAACCAAUCACACCGCCUGUUCAAAUAGAUUAUACCCAACUUCUCAUCAAUGGACAAUUCGUGGAUUCAGCAUCAGG